ACAUGGCCGCGCCCAUUUGAAUGUUUCAGUACACAAUAUUAAUUUCGUAGUUUUGUAUUUCCCGCGUUCAUUAUUAUUAUAUAGGGCCUACCUCAAUGAAUAACUGGAGAAAGGUCGUUAGUAAAUCGCGUGUGAGUGCACAUCAUUAUAUAGAGAAAGGAAAUUAUGGAAGAGGAUUUGCCCAUUACCUUGUCGUGUUGCAAUUAUCUCCUGACUCGCAGAAACACGAAGUAAAGGAUGAGUUUGUCUGGUGUCUGCAGACAUGGACUAAUCAGCUUGCGCAAGCAGAGAGAUAUGAUGACAUGUUCAAGGCCUUUGAACAGGCAGUAGAAAUCUAUCCGGAAUGUGAAGAUGUCUACUAUACCAUGGCCCUCCAGCUUUAUCAUCUAGGGUUUUUCGGCGAAGCGGCUCUUCACCUCCAGAAGGCUAUCUACAUCAAUCGCCACCAUGUCGCUGCCAAGGAAACCCUUCAGAACCUGUGCAGUCACCUGGUGGAGAGGUGGCACUUUAGAAUGCUGAAUGACCAAUGGAGAAACACAGCAUUCAAGAAUGCUAUCGUGACAGCCGUUGCUCAGGGCCACACCAGCGUGCUGGACAUUGGUGCUGGAACAGCGUUACUGAGUAUGUUUGCAGUGCAAGCAGGGGCACGGACAGUUUAUGCCUGUGAGAUGUCACCAACUAUGCAUGCUAUUGCCGCUAAAGCACUGCAGGCAAAUUCCAUGUCUGAUGCAGUAAUGCUAAAGUGUGAAAAGUCGACAUGCAUGUUGGUCCCUGAAGAUAUCGCUGAGAGAGUUUCUUUGGUUGUCACAGAAACCGUUGACAGCGGCCUGCUCGGUGAAGGCAUUUUGACAACACUUGAGCAUGCAUGGGACAAGCUUCUUAUGCCAGCUGGUAGAGGGCGUGUCAUUCCACAAGGAGCAGUGCUGUUCAUAUGCCUGAUUGAAUGUGAUGAAAUAAAGAUCAAGACCAGGUACUGGGGAUCGUCGUUCGGCACACUGGACCUGAGCUGCGCGCGGCUGUGCAGUGAGGAGUUACGGAGCGGGCGCUACACGUCCGAACGUCUCGCGGCCAUGCGCGGCGGCUACUCGCGGCUAUCAAAGCCCACGCGAUGCAUCGACGUCGACUUCAACAACCCGCAGGUGAUCAAGAAUUGGAUUGCGGGCGUCCGAAAAACAGUGCGAGUGCCAGUGGUGCGCUCCGGGAGGCUUGAUGCAAUCGCGAUGUGGUUUGACCUGGUGGUUGAUACAGAGAACGUAGUACACACGUCGCCAGAUAGAGAGACAUGUUGGGAGCAGGCCGUUUUUCCACUAGAUUGUACGUCGAUGCUGGACGCCGGCGACACCUGUCUGGUGGAGGUGCGCACAUCUGCCGAUAGCGCCUCGUUCACCUGUACGAACCUCAGCAGCCAGCUUAGCGUCAGCACCGCCAUGUGGGCGGAGGAGGACGCGCAGCGCCCCCUACGAGAAUCCUCGGUCGAGCACGACACGGCGAGCGGAGCCACGAGAUCCGGUGGCGACGUCAUAGACGGAAGCGACAUCGUAGAGGGUGGCGACCUCUACGUGACCUCGGCGGCGGUAAGCGAUCGUCGCUGUGGACCAUCGACGAACGGGUUUGGCUGCGGCGAAUCGGACGCGUCGUGCUUGGACGGCAGUCUCGUCGAUUCGUCCUCCGCGUUCGACGACGCGGCGGUCGCGAGGACCGACAGGGGUGAGCGGACGAGUUCCGAGAACUCGUCGGCGUGCGGCAUCGAUAAACACGACCUCUGCGCCAAAGCCAACGGACUGCAGCUAGAUAAUCUCGCGACGGACGCGGCGGCGGCAUCCCGCGGCACGUUCUCCUUCUCGCGUUCGACGAGCGCGAACUGCGCCGCGCGUCUCGGCGAAGCGCCCGACGGCACGAUGCGGCGCGUCGAAGACGACGCCUCGUACGGCACAUGCGGAGACCGGUCGCUCGCAGCACGGCCCGGCGAUGGGCGGUCGUUAACUUUUCCGGCAGGUUUCGAUGAUGACCGGUCGUUGUUUUCGCCAGCGGAGUCCAGAUACAGUCAAGCGUUGAUUUCCACAGCUUCGCCUCGUGAAAGUCGAUCGCUGACUUCCCUGAGAAAAUCCAGUGAAAGCCGGGUGCUAGCCUCACCAGGGAAUUCCAACGGAAAUCAAUCGAUAACUUGUCCAAGAAACCCCAGUGAUUGCCGGUUGCUAACCUCUUCAGCGAAUUCAGACAAAGACCGAUCGCAAACUUCCCAGAGAAACCCGAGUUAUAACCGGUCACUAACUUCCCCAGUUAAUUGCGAUGAAAACCGAUCGCCGAUGCCCUCAGCAACGAGUGGCGACGAACGCUUACCAUCUGCCCUGGCAAUGUACGGCAACGACCGCUCGCCGUCUCCCACGGCAACGUGCCGCGAGGACCUAUCGCCAACUCGGGCAGAUCUCGACGAAGAUCGCUCGCCGUCUCCCACGGGAAAUCGUGACGACUGUGCGCCAUAUUUGCCGGGGAAUCCCGGUGAGGACCGAUCACCGCCUCGCGAGCACCGCCGCGCGACGUGGACGCACUACGUCGGCGAGAACGUCGUGAGCCGGCUGAACGACGCGCGCGCGUCGCACGAGUACCUGCGCGCCGUGACGCGUCUGUGCGCGGGCCGCGCCUCCGCCACCGUCGCCGUCAUCGACCUGAGCGGACACUUCUCCCUGCUCGGCCUCCACGCCGCGAAGCUCGGAGCCGCCGUCGCAUACGUCGGCCAGACUGCGCGCGACGCCGCCGCGCUGCGCGCCGUCGCCCGCAGCAACGGCAUCGCGGCGGCGCGCGUGCGCUUCGUCGAUCGGCUGGAGGAGUGCGGCGGAGGCUGGGACGCGGUGCUCGUCGAUCCCGUGGAGGCGUCCGGCGUGCUGCAGCAGCGUGUGCUGGAGAACGUCGCCUUCGCAAGGGCAUGUAGCUUGAAACCAGCUGGAACGGUGCUGCCACAUUCCCUCUCAGUUUAUGGCAUUCUCAUUGAUUCGCUGAGCUUGCAAAAAGACUGCAAGGUGUUGGACGAUGAAUGCACCCUUGGCCUGAAGGUGGCACCCUACAUCAAUCAGUAUCAGACGUACACGCAAACUCGACUCAACACGCGUUGA